ACAGGCACUUGCAGACCAAUUUGAAGAUGCAAAUACGUCGGUAUCUGAACGCAUGAAGAUUUUCUACUGUUGUCAGGUGCCUCCACAUUGGGCCAUACAGCGUCAGCUUGCAAGCUUACUCUUUGAGCUGGGAUGCACGAGCUCUGCCUUACAGAUAUUUGAGGAGCUGGAAAUGUGGGAAGAUGCAGUGAUCUGCUAUGAAAGAGCAGGACAGCAUGGAAGGGCGGAAGAAAUACUCAGGCGGGAGCUGGAGAAAAAGGAAACACCGGGAUUAUAUUGUUUGCUUGGUGAUGUUCUUAAAGACCACCAGUACUAUGACAAGGCCUGGGAGCUCUCCAGGCACCGCAGUGCCCGUGCCCAACGCUCCAAAGGCCUCCUCCAUCUGCGCAACCGGGAAUUCAGGGAAUGCGUGGAGUGCUUUGAACGUUCCGUGCAGAUCAACCCUAUGCAGCUAGGUGUAUGGUUUUCCUUGGGCUGUGCAUACAUUGCUUUAGAAGGCUACGAAGGUGCUGCCAAAGCAUUUCAGCGCUGUGUGACAUUGGAACCAGAUAAUGCUGAGGCCUGGAACAAUUUAUCAACUGCUUAUAUCAGAUUAAAACAGAAAGUCAAAGCAUUUCGAACCCUCCAAGAAGCUCUCAAGUGCAACUAUGAGCACUGGCAAAUAUGGGAGAACUAUCUUCUCACCAGUACAGAUGUUGGAGAGUUUUCAGAAGCAAUUAAAGCUUAUCACCGGCUCAUGGACUUGAGAGAAAAGUACAAGGAUACACAGGUGCUGGCUAUUCUGGUCAGUGUGGUAGUGGAUGGUAUGGCAGAUCGCACUGGAGAGGUAGCGAGUGGAUUGAAGGGGAAAUUGCAAGAGCUCUUGGGCAGAGUGACUUCACGAGUGACAAAUGAUGGGGAGAUCUGGAGACUUUAUGCCCGACUUUAUGGAAAUGGACAGAAUGAUAGUGGUGAAGAUAUUGAAAAGUCACUGCAGUGUCUCACUAAGGCACAUAAAUGUGAAAUUCAAUCAAGUGAUUGGGAGAAAGAUGUUUCUUCUUUUAAGAAAGUGGUGAAAGGAGCCAUAGAGAUUGCACAUGUGGCUAUAAAAUGCAGCAAGAACAAAACUAAUAAUCAGGAAGCUUUGCAGAUACUUUCUUCAGCUCGGCUCAACUUACGUGGCUUGUCAUCCAAAGCAAAGCAGCUUUUUGUGGAUGUAACAAGUAAUGAGGUUCACAGUGAGAUAGCUGAUGAGGUGACAACUAUGGACAACAUGAUUGCUAAACUUCAGGAACUGAGUAACCAGCUGAGAAACCAGUGCUGACAUACAGACCGGAUUUCGUGACAGGAAGACAAUAAUGACAUGUUUCUUUUGCCACAGCUUUUGCUGAUGAAAUGGUAACAAUUCUAAUGCAACAACACUCUCAAUAAACAUUUUUCUGUACA